AUGGCUCCCAAAAUCUCUAUCACAGGUAGCUCAGGCUAUAUCGGCAGCCAAGUCUUCCACGACAUCACAGAAAAGCAGCCUGAAUACCAAAUCCGCGGUCUCUUCUCUGGAACUGGCAGACGUAGACCACAACGCCUCCACAUCUCUCUCCUCUCCUCUCUCCAGAAGACAGGGACAUUCAUCCAGCUGUCCGGCGCAGCAUCCAUUGCCUCUACUGCCAACGGACUCGGGCAGCUUGACCCGAAAAUCUGGUCCGACGUCGCUGAUCUGAAAGAAACUACAACUUUCGACCACGGCCACAUGCACGCUGCGACCGGCCAGCUCGUCCUCUCUAAGGGCUUGAAGCACGGAAUCAGAACUGUAGUAGUUAUCCCACUAGCUGUUUAUGGCAUAGGGCAAGGCGAGAUUAGGAAGACGAGCAUGGUUCUCCCUUGGUAUAUUGAUGCUGUUAAGAAACGCGGGAAGGGGUUUAUAUUGGGGGAGGGGAAGAAUAUUGCGAGUAUUAUUCAUGUAAAGGAUCUUGCUACGGCUUUUAUUUUGCUUGUUGAGGAGGCGUUAAAGAAUGGGGGAGGGAGUGCGGACUGGCGAGAGAAGGGGUGAUAUUAUGUUGAGGGUGGGGAGUAUGUUCUUGCUGAGAUGGCGGAGCGUAUCGUAAAGGAGAUGGGCAAGAGGGGAGUGAUUGAGAAUAUGGGGGGAAAGAGGUGGAUGUAAUCGAGAUUGAAGAGACGAAGGGGCUUCAUCCUUAUGCAGAGUUACUUUGGGGAAUUAAUAUGCGGGUUAAUGGGGAGAGAAUUCGGGGGUUGGGGUGGAAGGCGAGGGAAGAGAGUGUGUUUGAGAGUAUUUCAGAGUUACUUGCCGAGUAAAGAGCGGGUCGAGAUAAGCUUAGAAAACAAGUAUAUACGUACGGUU